CCGCGCGCACGCCAAGAGAACUAGGCCGGCAGAGAGUGCGGGGUGCCUGUGCCGCGCGCUUGGCGCGUGACAGCCAGACCGUUACCUGAGUGAGCGGCGCGUGCGGAGCAUCUCGAGGCCACCCGGCUCGCGCGCGUGGGGAGAUGAACCUGGAGCGGCUGAGGAAGCGGGUCCGGCAGUACAUAGACCAGCAACAGUAUCAAAGUGCCUUGUUUUGGGCAGACAAAGUUGCUUCACUGUCUCAUGAGGAACCUCAGGACAUCUAUUGGUUGGCCCAAUGUCUCUACCUGACGGCUCAGUAUCAUAGAGCAGCACAUGCCCUUCGAUCACGCAAGCUAGAUAAGUUAUAUGAAGCAUGUCGAUACCUUGCUGCUAGAUGUCAUUAUGCUGCAAAAGAGCAUCAACAGGCUCUUGAUAUUCUUGACAUGGAAGAGCCAAUCAACAAAAGACUAUUUGAAAAAUACCUGAAGGAUGAAAGUGGGUUGAAAGACUCUACCAGUGGCUGGGAGAUGUCACAAUCCUCUAUCAAGAGUUCUAUUUGCCUUUUGCGAGGGAAGAUCUAUGAUGCUCUGGAUAAUAGAACCCUGGCAACGUACAGCUACAAAGAAGCCUUGAAGCUUGAUGUUUACUGCUUUGAAGCAUUUGACCUUUUAACAUCACACCAUAUGCUAACAGCACAAGAAGAAAAAGAGCUUCUUGAAUCUCUACCUCUUGGUAAACAGUGUACAGAAGAAGAACAAGAGUUGCUUCAUUUUCUGUUUGAGAACAAACUGAAAAAGUAUAAUAAGCCAAGUGAAACAAUAAUUCCUGAAUCUGUAGAUGGUCUUCAAGACAAUCUGGAUGUAGUAGUGUCCUUAGCUGAAAGGCAUUAUUAUAACUGUGACUUCAAAAUGUGCUACAAGCUGACUUCUGUGGUAAUGGAAAAAGAUCCAUUCCAUGCCAAUUGUUUACCUGUGCACAUAGGGACACUCGUGGAGCUGAAUAAAGCAAAUGAGCUAUUCUAUCUUUCUCAUAAAUUGGUGGAUUUGUACCCAAAUAAUCCUGUCUCAUGGUUUGCGGUAGGAUGUUAUUAUCUCAUGGUCGGUCACAAAAAUGAACAUGCCAGAAGAUAUCUCAGCAAAGCCACUACACUUGAGAGAACCUAUGGACCAGCUUGGAUAGCAUAUGGACAUUCAUUUGCAGUUGAGAGUGAGCAUGACCAGGCAAUGGCUGCUUACUUCACAGCAGCACAGCUAAUGAAAGGCUGUCAUUUGCCGAUGCUCUAUAUUGGAUUAGAAUAUGGUUUGACCAACAAUUCAAAAUUAGCUGAAAGAUUUUUCAGCCAAGCCCUAAGCAUUGCACCUGAGGAUCCUUUUGUUAUGCAUGAAGUUGGAGUGGUUGCAUUUCAAAAUGGAGACUGGAAAACUGCAGAAAAGUGGUUCCUUGAUGCUUUAGAGAAAAUUAAAGCUAUUGGAAAUGAGGUAACAGUUGAUAAAUGGGAGCCUUUAUUGAACAAUUUAGGACAUGUGUGCAGAAAACUCAAGAAAUAUGAAGAAGCAUUAGAAUAUCAUCGUCAGGCCCUAGUAUUGACUCAGAAUGCUUCCACAUACUCUGCUAUUGGAUACAUACAUAGUCUAAUGGGCAAUUUUGAAAGUGCAAUUGACUAUUUUCAUACGGCCCUUGGUCUUAGGAGGGAUGACACAUUUUCAGUCACCAUGCUUGGACAUUGCAUUGAAAUGUAUAUUGGUGAUUCUGAAGCUUACAUUGGAACAGAAAUUAAGGACAAAUUAAGAUGUUAUGACUUUGAUGUGCACACUAUGAAGACAUUAAAGAACAUUAUUUCACCUCCCUGGGAUUUCAGGGAAUUUGAUAUAGAAAGACAAACUCUGGAUGAAAGUGGUAUUGUGACACUGGAAACAUCAAAUCAAAGGAAAACUGCAGAUACUACUCGUCCAUUAGAAGAAACCUUUGAGAUUGAAAUGAAUGAAAGUGAUAUGAUGUUAGAAACAUCCAUGUCAGACCAUAGUUCAUGACUAACACUGGUACAGAUCUCAUUUUGUAAAAGUGUAAAACAUUUUGAUUUAGCUUUUUUGUUGCUGUGUCAUGCAUUCAGGAAUUUGCUAUUUUUAUACAAAUCCCAACUACUUCUUUAUGCUUAACACCAGAGAAGUAAUGUCUGCCUUAAGAAUGUUAAAAAAUAUUCAUUACCAACAGACUAUUUCCAAUUUUAUCAUUUCUACAAAAUAAUCUUACAUAAUGGAGUAAAAGGUGAAAUUCUUAUGUUAUGUUUUUAAAACUGGUUACUGUACCCUGUGACUGCUCUUAAGACUGUGAAACUUUGAAAAUAUGUCCUGAAAAUGAAGUAAUGUACGAUAUUCAUCAAAUUGAGUAGCCAAGGGCUACUGUAGUAUGAUUGUGGCUUCUAAAUUUUCAACCUAUCUCUGAGGAACACUCAAAAAUAACUAGGGUUUUGUUGCUAACAUAAUAUUUUAUUCUUUUAAAACAGGAAUAAUUUGAACAGUAUCCAUUAUUUUGUUCAGCCUGUACAUGCAUUUGUGGAGAGCAAUUUUUAUCAGCUGAAUCUAAUUUGAUAUAUAUUAAAUUGAUGUCAAAGCUUUUUAAGCAUGGGUAAUGGAUAUUAUGGGUUUUGUUUUGUCCUAUUUUUUAUAAUUGUUUAAUCUUGUCAUCUGUACUGUACUACUGGAAGAUAAGUGUAAGCAAAACUGCUUUGGGAAAGCUGAUCAGGCAACAAAUGUGAAUGGCACAAAUAUUCAGAAUAUCAUAAAUAUUUUAAUAUAUACAUCUGAUACAGUUUUUGGAAAUCAGUGACAUUCUGAGCUAUUAUUUUCAAAAGUUAGCUUGAUUAUAAGCAAAGCAGAAUGUGCUGAUUAUAAGGCUGUAGAAAUUCUCUUUACAUUUCACUUGGUUAUUUUGUCAAGGUAAAGAACUAAAUAGUGUGUGUACAGUACUUUAAAAAUUUCUAAGUCUGUGGUAUUUUAUUUUUGAAUCCACUCUGUGCAUCACUAUUUACAAUUAACAACCUUGUGUUUUAUGAACAGAAAUGAUUUCUCCAUCCAAUAAACUAAGUAGGGCCAUUCUGUGCUCCUGCUUAAAAUGGAUACUAACCAUGUUUUGUAUAAAUGUCUCCCCUCUCUUCUUCCUUAUCCUUACUUGCCAUAAAAUUUGUGCAUAUUUGGGGGGGAAGGGGAGGGUUAAGUUUAAGUAGUUUAAUUCAGGAUAGCCUUUAAUUUUAGCUUAUCUGUGUUUUGUUAAUUAAGUUCAGCAACCCUGGCUAAAUUUUAACAGUUUUUUGUGUUUGAUAAUGUAUAGAAGUGAAAAUCCGCAUGAAGAGAAGAAGAAAAAUAGUGUAGCAGUCCAGAUGUUUUGAGUACUUCAAAGCUCAGGAACCAGCAAAUAUGUUACAUGUUCUUUUUCCUCAGAUAGAAAGGUGAUUAAUUCGCUUUUUAGUCAUCAGAAUCAAGUAACAGGCUUAAAAUAUCAUUUGAUAUCAAUUAUAAAUCUGGUUAACAAGCCACCUUAAACAUUAUGUUGGAAUAAAGUCAAUCAUUUCUGACAGUGCUUUUAGGGGGAAAAAACAAUAAAACUACCUGACAUAUCAUAUGUUUCGUAGUUAUCAAAGUAAGAUGUGGGGGAAAAAAAAGAACACUGGAAGACUAUUAUUAGUGCUGUUAGUUAAAUGCUAUAUAUUACUUGAUCUUUCCAUAGCACUUUGAAAAGUUGAGGAUAUUGAUACUUACCUCCUUGGUAAAGAGCUUUAAGAUCUAUAGAUGAAAAACACUCAUCACAUAUGGUAGAUAUUUUUACAUCUCUGUGCAAUAGAUAAGCAUUUUCCUUUGGUUUUUGGACCUUUUCUCUGUGGGGAGCUUUAGGUUUUUCUCCCCUUUCCCUUAUGCUCUUGCUUCUGAAGAGAAAUAAUUUUUAUUUAUUUAAAAACUAAACCUUGAGCGACGCAGUUUUCCCUCAUGCUGGUUUUUUUUUUUUUUGGGUGUGUCCUCACUGCAAAAUGAAAGGGUGAAUGUAGAAUGAUAGGCAUACCCAUGCUAGCUUUUUUAGCUAGCGCUGGUAACAAUAGAUUGGUGAAGAUGAUCUGGCACAAACUUGAUGUGGCACAGAGUAUCGCCAAUAACUGUAACUGGGGAAAACUCCCUCUCUCAACAAGGACUGAAUCUGGUUGGUCCAGCUGAACAAAGGAUGUGGGAUGGGAAUCCUCUGCAUCUGAUACCCUCUGAAACUCCUUCUAGGGCAUCUUCCUCUGAGUAGGAUGCUCAUAUCCUUAGUGCCCUCUACUGGCAGUUAAAGGAAGUUACAGAUUGUUCUUGUUUGGAUUGCGGGUGCUAUGAAUCCUAGCUGUCAUGAGGGAAGAAUUCCAGAAGUUCGCCUGAAGUUGGGCUAGGAAAUUGGCCUAAAAAUGUGUUGAAGUGGGGUACCCAGUGGUAAAAAAGAAAACAAAAGA